UGGGCCGGAGCGGGGCGAGGGAGAGAGGAGGAGGGGGAGCCGCCGUGGCAGCAGGCGCUCGGCAGGGCAGCACUGCCGGACGAAGGCCCCCGCGGGCAGCCCGUCGCCCCUGGCAACGGGCAAAGCGGCGGCGGGGCCGGGCCGGGCCGGGCGGGUCGGGGUCAAGGGCCGGGUCAGGGUGCAGGGGCCGCCCGGCGCCAUGGCCGCGCAGGUGGUGGUGGUGGGAUCCUGCAUGACCGACCUGGUCAGACAAUUAUACCAAAGCCUGUGGGCCAAGAAAGUGCAGAACAUAAGAUUAGAAGAAUAUACUGAGAACCUUACUACACGAUUGCCAAGAGCUGGAGAAACUAUCCUUGGACAUAAGUUUUUCAUUGGUUUUGGUGGGAAAGGAGCCAACCAGUGUGUCCAGUCUGCUCGACUUGGGGCCAACACGUCACUGAUCUGCAAGGUUGGGAAGGAUUCCUUUGGCAAUGAUUAUGUUGAAAAUUUGAAGAAAAAUGGUAUUUCUACAGCAUUUGUAGGUCAGACUACAGAUGCUGCUACUGGAACUGCUUCAAUCAUUGUCAACAGUGAAGGACAGAAUGUUAUUGUCAUAGUCCCAGGAGCCAACCUGCUUUUAAAUUUUGAAGACCUGAAGAGGGCUUCUGAUGUCAUCUGUAAAGCCAAAGUGCUUGUUUGCCAGCUAGAAAUAACCCCUGCUGUUUCUCUUGAAGCUCUGAAAAUGGCACGUGCCAGUGGAGUAAAGACUUUAUUUAAUCCAGCUCCGGCCCUUGCUGACCUAGAUCCACAGUUUUAUAUCUAUUCUGAUAUCUUCUGCUGCAAUGAAACUGAGGCAGAGAUUUUAACGGGCAUCCCAGUUGGCAACCUUGAAGAUGCUGAAAAGGUGGGACGCAUGCUGUUAGAAAGAGGGUGUAAGCUUGUAAUUGUUACUCUUGGAGCAGAAGGCUGCAUGAUGAUAUCAGUAGAAGAACCCAUUCCAAAGCACGUUCCUGCUGGGAAGGUCAGGGCUGUGGACACUACGGGAGCUGGAGACAGUUUUGUGGGAGCACUGGCAUUCUACCUGGCUUACUAUCCCAAGUUAUCCAUGGAGGAAAUGAUCAGGAAGUCUAACUGCGUCGCAUCAGUAAGCGUCCAGGCUUCGGGGACACAAUCUUCAUAUCCUUACAGGAAGGACUUGCCUCAGGACCUUUUCUAAUUGAUUGUCUAGAUCACUGUGCUGAUUUUAUCUCAUACCAGACAGCAUUAUUCUCCUGACGGCAAGGAGGUUCUCAUCUGCUGACUGGAAACGCCAGAAAAGUCUCUUUGCUUCUUAUUUCAGGAAUCCUGUGCUCCUGUUCUACAGUAGUAAGAUGGGGUGAGGGUGGUGGGUCUUUCAGACACAGCACAGCAGGUCUCUCUGGCCCCACACAGCCUUUGGGCCUGUGGCUGUACCACACAAGGCACUGUACUGAGCUACAUGAAGUUUAAAGCAAAACACCCAGAGGGUAUUGGGCUCCUGGCAGUAUUUUUACUGAUCGUAUCAGAACUUCUGAGGGGCAAUGGCAGCACAUGAAGCAGAGUGUUAGCUUUAAGACUGCAGCUUCAGUACUCAGCUGCAGACACCAAGGCCAGCAUGUGGCUCACAACAAAGCACCGUCCAUCAAGCCCGGGCAUGUCUAUGCCCACUCACCUCAGAUGCAGCACUGCACCUCCCCAUACUCUGGAUUGUGGAGGAAGGUCCCUCCAACUGAAGAGAGGACAAGACUGCUACUGGAGGUAGACUUUGAAAAAUGUUUCUAGCCAUAUUGCUCUAAACAUAGGCAAGCUAAUUAAGGAAGGAAAGCUUCCAAAAUGAUCAGAGAAGUACUCUGUCUGCUUUCUUCACGUCUGACAAAAACCCAGGAGGGAAAAAUCCAUCCUACUAACCUGGCUGAAAAUAAUAUAGCCCUUUUAACCGUGGUCAUAGCUUAUCCAAAACCUCAUCUUACAUGACUAGGUUCCCAUUGCUUUUUUCCUCAGAAGGAGCUGGUGCAAACAUUACCCCUCCAAUGAAUGACACCAGCUUGUGGUCACUACUGUCACAUCUGCGGCUGGUAGGUUAGAAAAACUUGCAAUCCUGCCAUUGAAUUCCUGCUGUGGAAAAUGUUAAUUUUUAUUGCUUUAUAAAACAAUAGUUCCUUUGAAGAUUACAGCCUCUUUCACAAUGGAAAACACAGACAAUGGGAUUUGCUAUUUAAUUUUUUUAAUUGAGUACUGUAAAAAUAACUCAAGAUAAAUAAAUGUUACUGUGAUGAUCUA